ACAAGUUUACGACCUCGGCGCGCUUUCCGGUACUUCCCACAAUGCCCCACGACUCGACGUCACUUCCGCAAAAUAUUAGGUUUCCGUUACCCGUCGGCCACCUGGUGUUUGGUGGAUUUCUGCGGCUUCGGGGGUGUUUGUUGAAUCCAUCACUGGUGUGGUGAUCCAGGCCUCACUAUGGGUGAACGAAAAGGAACAAACAAAUACUAUCCUCCCGAUUUUGAUCCAGCUAAGCAUGGAUCCCUCAAUGGCUACCACAAGACGCACGCCCUGCGUGAGAGGGCCCGGAAGCUGUCCCAGGGCAUCCUCAUCAUCAGGUUUGAGAUGCCCUACAACAUCUGGUGUGAUGGCUGCAAAAACCACGUGGGCAUGGGGGUCCGCUACAACGCAGAGAAGAAGAAAGUGGGGAACUACUACACCACGCCAAUCUACAGGUUCAGGAUGAAGUGCCAUCUGUGUGUGAACUACAUCGAGAUGCAGACGGACCCGGCGACCUGCGACUACGUGAUCGUCAGCGGGGCGAACCGGAAGGAGGAGCGCUGGGACAUGGCCGACAACGAGCAGAUCCUCACCACAGAGCGAGCUGAGAAGGAGAAACUGGAGACGGACGCCAUGUUCAAACUUGACCACGGAGGGAAAGACAAGGAGAAGUUGAAGAAGGCUCUGCCUUCUCUGGCCGAGAUCCAAGACUACCAGUCCUGCAAGAAGGACGACUUCCAGCUCAACAGCUCCCUCCGCAGGAGGUUCAGGACGGAGAAGAAGGUUCAGGCGGAGCAGGAAGAGAAGGACAACACGGUGAGGAUGAGGACCAACCUGUCCAUCCCACUGCUCCCGGAGAAGGAGGAGGACAAGAGACUGGCCACGCUGCUGACCUACCAGGCCCCCGACUCCUACGAGGACAAACAGCACAGCAAGCGCAGAGAGAUCUCCUCCCGCUCCUGGUUCACCUCCUCCUCCUCUUCCUCCUCUUCCUCCUCCUCGGCCGCGGGGGGCCUGCUCCACAAGCUCAGCCUGCAGGGGAAAGAAGCCGCGGUGGCCAAAGCUCUGGGCUCCUCGCCCCGCCCCCUGAUCCUCAGGCGCUCGGGGGGGGCGUCAAUCCAAACAGAACCCUCCUCAUCCUCCUCUUCCUCCUCCUCGUCUUCUUCUUCCUCCGCCGCUCGACGGAAGUCGCAGCCCGAAGUCGGCGGGUGCAACGGAGAGACUUCACAGAGGGAGGAAGCACCGAGUUUAGAGGCGCGGGGGCUGGACGAGACGGACGGAGGGGCUGCAACCACAGAGGAAGCAGACGGACGGCCGACACAGGCAAAGGAUUUUGGGAAGGGACGGGGUAAGAGUUUAGGAGCGCUCCCAUCGCUGGUGGCAGACUACAGCGAUUCGGACUCGGAGGCGGGACUAUGAGGACGGGACGUCUGUCUCCUCUGUGAUCAGGACAC